CAUCAUGAAUGGCUCGCCCGGCUCCAGACUUUAGCCUCGCAUCGUCGCUACCGUAAUCUGUCUCCCACCAAUAAAGGCCACGGUUCCUGGCCUCUCCUUUGCGCUCUGUAGUCUGGUUUCCAUUGCGGCAGCGUCAGUUAUUAACUACUACACCACUUCUUGCAUGGAUUAGCGAGACCCAAGUCCUCAUAACUUGAUCCACCUGUUCAUCUGCCUGUACCACCAUCUGCGACGACCGCUCGAGACUGCUGUUUCUCCCGGCGCUUGCUAUCUACCACCAGAUCCCUCAAUCUCCUAGGCCACAGAAGCCAAUACCUGUCCUACCAUCUACACACAACGCACUCUCCCCCGCCGAUUUCCCCCUCCAACCCAGCCACCCUCACCCAGUUCGCAUGAGGUCACAUCGACCCCGACAUGAGAAAAGGCCUCCUUGGCUGUUAGCCUGAGAAGAUGCAAAUUGGCUGCUCCGAUGAGCACCACGACCCUUCACCCGUCGUCGCAACAGCCGCCGGCGAGAGCGACCUCAGCUCAAGGUCAUAGACAGCAUCUGCGCACCAGCAAUCCCCACAACGUGCGAAGCGCCUCCAACCCUCAACCAAGCCGCCCAAACGACAGAGAUCCUUCCCCCCAACAUGCACUACAGCCGGCUUCCAACGAAGCAUUGACCCCAGCGGAGAAUUCGGUCGAUUCCAAGAGAAAACAGGGAGGGCAACCCUCCCGACGCCUCAAAGUCACCGAUUUUGACCUGAUGCGAACACUGGGCACUGGUGAGCACAUUGAUACCUGAUCAGAACAAGAUGGAUGAUCGGCCCACUAACCUGUGUCUUCUGCAUAGGCACCUUUGCGCGUGUGUGGCUCUGUCGAUUCGCCCAGCCGCUUCCACAGGAUCGGGACAAGGUGUUUGCACUGAAAGUGUUGAAAAAAGUUGAUGUGAUCAAACUCAAGCAGGUUGAACAUGUUCGCAACGAGAGAGAUGUGCUUGCUGCCGUUGCAGGCCAUCCCUUUAUCACGAAUUUGAUCACCUCCUUCUCCGACGAGACAUCCUUAUACAUGCUCUUGGACUAUACUCCCGGAGGCGAGAUCUUUUCAUACUUGCGACGCGCUCGUCGCUUCCCAUUUUCCACCGUUCAGUUCUACGCUGCAGAAAUUACACUAAUCCUUGCCUAUCUCCAUGAGGUGCAAUUUGUCGCCUAUCGCGAUCUCAAGCCCGAGAACAUCCUCCUUGAUGUCGAUGGCCAUUUGAAGCUGGUUGACUUUGGCUUUGCAAAAUACCUGCCUCCUGCCCAGGACCCACCAUCGGCGUUCUCCAAACUAGGCGACGAGCAAAUGGAGCCUCAAGCCAGUGGCGCAGGUGUCACUUAUACACUAUGCGGAACUCCAGAGUAUCUUGCGCCCGAGGUCAUCCGUAACACUGGACAUGGCACCGCGGUCGACUGGUGGGCCCUCGGAAUUUUGGUCUAUGAAAUGUUGAUUGGACAACCUCCCUUUUGGGAUCAGAACCCCAUGCGAAUAUACGAGCAGAUUGUUGCCGGACACAUACGAUUUCCCACCUCUCACCCCAGCCAUCAAGGACACCGACACAGUCUCCACGUGCCCCGAGCCGCCAGGGACUUUAUACUUGCACUUUGUAAGACUGACCCCACUCAGCGCCUCGGCCACAUCGCCGGUGGCAGUAAGAGAGUCAUGGAGCACUAUUUCUUUGACGGCAUCGAUUGGGAUGAGAUCUACUACCGCAGGCGGCGUGGUCCCAUCAUUCCCCGGGUUGAGUGGGCUGGAGAUGCUGGCAAUUUUGAUGAGUACCCCGAUCCCGUACAGGGAGAAGAGAGCGAAGGUGGUCGCGGCAAAUACACCGAUGAACUUCGGCAGGAGUGGGAAGAAGCGUUUGCCUCGUUCUAAGUUGGAAUAUUACAUACCACCUCGCGCAUAUGUUUGGAACACCUGGUCAUGAAAGGUGCAAGGCAAAGGGUGCGGGUCUUGUUGACGUGGUUACAUAUGACGAUGGCGUUGGCCAUGCUGAUAGUUACGUAUUUGUAUGUCAUUUUGGAUUGUUAAGGCA